AUGACACUAUUCCCAGGCGUGGCUUUUGUGACUGGCGCAGCUUCUGGUACGGCAUCUCUUACUCAUUCCAGCCAUCUUAAACGAUCCGUUGACCGGGUUUGUAAGGUAUCGGCCAAGCUGUCGCCGUGUCGUUUGCGCGAGAGGGAUGUCGCCAGAUUGCAAUCGCAGACCGUAACGAAGAAGGACUCGUAGCGAGCAAAAAAGCAGCAUUGCAAAUCGCCGAGGACGCUCAUGUUGUCUCUUAUACCGUCGACGUCGCCGAGGAAUCUCAGGUACAGAGGGUGAUUGAAGCUGUGGUCAAAGACUUUGGUCGGAUCGAUUAUGCUGUGAAUGCCGCAGUGAGUCUGAUUCAUGGGUCUAGAUGGAGGACCUGCGUACAUUAUUGAUGGCGACAUCAGGGCAUCCUCAGCAACAAUCAACGCUCCCACGACACAGCACUCUCGACGUUCGACAAGAUCAACAGCGUCAACUAUCGAGGCUGCUGGCUUACCUCUCGCGCGGAGAUCGCGCAGAUGCUCAAGCAAGAUGCACUGCCGACUCACGAUGGACGUCCUGGCAACAGGGGAAGCAUCGUCAACUUUGCCAGUCAACUUGGGAUUGUAGGCAGACCUGCUGCGGGUUCGCUUUCCCCAUUCGCAUCUGUUGGCGGAACUCUCAAACCAGGUAGGUAGAAGGCUGAUGAUGAUGAUUGUCCCGACAGCGCCGUACUGUGCCAGCAAAGCAGCAGUCAUCAGCAUGACCCAAUGCGACGCAAUCGAUGUAAGACAUCUGACCCUCCCCCCUUCUUCGUCCCAUUCUCGCUGCUGAAUCAGGGGCAGUACUCCAAAGAUAGCAUCCGGGUGAACUGGUUAGUGUCAGCUGUCAGCCAGGUAGCUUCCCAAGACUCUCCUUACUAGUCGGAUUACUGAACACUGCUGGGGAACUCCUCAUUGUAGUGUCUGCCCGGGCGUCAUCGACACGCCCAUGACCCGACCGACCAUGGACGUCUUGGGCCCGGCAAUCGCCAUCGCACCCAUGGCCCGUCCCGGGACGGCACAAGAAGUCGCGGACGCCGUCCUGUUCCUCUCCAGCUCCAAGGCGACGUUCGUGCAGGGCGCGGCAAUGGUCGUCGAUGGCGGUACGUCUCACUGCAUGUCUCGGGCAUCCCAACAACAACAAAAGACACACACACACACACACACACACACACACACAUCCUUACUGACUCUCCUGUGAUGAAUUGAGGCUAUACCAUCAACUGA